AUGACGACACAAUUUCUUGAUCUUCAAGCAAAUCCCAUCAUCCAAGAACAGAUCAUAGGAAGUGGAAGUUCCGCACUGGUGCUACUUCAAGAUGAUAUUGCCGUCAAAAUCCCUUUGAAAUGUCUUUGGAGCGAUACAUACGAAGUUCAAACGAAUAUUCAAAAGCUGAGGCAUGAACAGAAUGUUUAUCACCGCCUACAAGACCUGCCAUGUAAUGACAAUCGCCCAAAUGGAGUUAUUCGUUGCCUGGGGAUGUCCAGUGAAUCUACACAACUUGCUUACAUGCCCAAUGGUGACCUUCAGUCUUAUCUCGAGAAAUCCCAACCAUCUCUCCGACUUCAAUUCUUGUGGUGUCUUGAGAUAGCUCGAACUCUCGCUUUCAUCCAUGACAGGCGUAUACUUGUCACAGACAUCGCAAGCCGAAACUUCCUUCUCAAUUCAGAUUUUUCCAUCAAGUUUUGCGAUUUCUCAGAAGCAUCCAUUUUACCUUUGGAGUCCGACAUGAAAGCGGUGGAUGAUCACGGCUUUAAUACCCAGAUUGAUAUUGGUCUACUUGGAACAGUCAUGUAUGAGAUUGUGACAGGUGAAAAACUUUGUGUCGACCUCUUCAAAGAUAACCUUCCUACUGAUGGUCGAGCUUACUGGCCAAAGAGAGAGGUUUUGCCUAAAACAACUGACAUAUGGCUUGGUCGGAUUGUCGAGGGCUGUUGGGAUGGAAAGUUUCAGACCGCUCACUGUGUCCUACAAGCUUUCGAUGAUAUUCGCCUCCCUGCUGUAAGCAAAUCCAUCAGUUUUCAUAUUGGCCAGGCUAUCAGAAAUUUUAUCACAGGCUACCGGGUUUUCACUGUGUUUGGCUUGAUUGGUCUGACACUGUUUCUUGGAAGGAAGUCAAUUUUACAAUCUUAA